UCAGCAUCAAUAAAGCGGCGCGGGGCAUUUCGGGAAAAUCCUUGCACGGCCGGAGCCGGCAUGGCCAGCUGGGCGGUGACGAGGAGGGGAGAUGCUGGAGGCCGGCGGGCAGGCGGGAGAGGACAGGCGGACUAGUGGGUAGAGGAGCAGGGGGGCGCCAAGGGCAAGGACCCGGAGGAGCGAGGAAGGAACGGCUCGGGAAGGAGGAGGGAACGGAGAGGAUGGAGAGGAAGAGGAGGAGGAGCUGGGGUGCCGCUGGGAACCCCCGAAAGGCUGCCCGUCGCCAGGGGGGUCCUGCUCCCCAGCCCUGAGCUUCGGCGCAUGGCUCAGCCCCGGAAUUGGGGCCGGUUGCUCUUGGCGGGGGGGCCACCCCAGAGAGGUCGCAAGAGUUGGCAGCCUGACCCCUCCGGAGGAGCCCAAUGAGACCUGCUGGUGGAACAGCCAACAAGCUAGCACCCUCCCAAGAUGGCGGAGGCCCACCAGGCUGUGGCGUUCCAAUUCACGGUCUCUCCAGAGGGUAUCGACCUCCAGCUGAGCCGUGCAGCCCUCAAGGAGGUUUACCGCUCAGGCCUGCGGUCCUGGAAGAAGAAAUUCAACCAGUUGCGGAACAGUUUUGUGACAGGCGUGUAUCCUGCCAGCCCAUCCAGUUGGCUGUUCAUGGUUACUGCCAUCUUGGUAACCCAGUACUCUCGACUUGACCCCUCCAUGGGCAUGAUUGGAAAGAUCAAGGAACACCUGCCAGUCAGUGACUACCUGUCAGAUCAAGGCCUGACAGUCCUCAGUGCCCUGGCUUUUUCCACAGGGCUAUGGCUGGCCCUCAUCGUGACCAUGCGUAGCAUUCUCAAGUUGCUGCUGUGCUACCAUGGCUGGAUCUUUGAGGAGCACGGCAAGAUGUCCAACACCACCAAAGUCUGGCUGGCUUUGGUGAAAAUCUUUGCUGGGCGGAAACCCAUGCUAUACAGCUACCAAGCCUCGCUUCCUCGCUUGCCUGUUCCAGCCCUCAAGGACACCAUGCAGAGGUUUCUCGAGUCUGUACGACCCCUGAAAACAGACACCGAGUUCCAGCGAAUGGCAGGUCUCGCCCGUGACUUUGAACGGACCCUGGGGCCGCGCUUGCAGUGGUACCUGAGACUUAAGUCCUGGUGGGCAUCUAACUAUGUGAGUGACUGGUGGGAAGAGUACGUCUAUCUCCGUAGCCGAGGCCCCCUGAUGGUAAAUAGCAACUAUUACGGCAUGGAUUUCAUUUACGUAACCCCAACCCCGAUCCAGGCAGCUCGUGCUGGGAAUCUUGUCUACGCCAUGUUGCUGUACCGACGGAAACUCACUCGGGAAGAGAUCAAACCGAACAUCACCCCAAAUUCCUUCAUCCCCCUCUGUGCGGCCCAAUGGGAACGUCUCUUCAAUACCACCCGGUUGCCUGGGGUGGGGAAGGACACCAUCCAGCACCUGAGGGAUAGCAAGCACAUUGCAGUGUACCAUGCUGGCCGCUUCUUCCGGGUCUGGCUAUACCACAACGGGAGGCUGUUGCACCCACGCGAACUUCAGGCACAGUUUCAGCAGAUCCUAGAUGACCCCACGCCUCCUCUGCCUGGCGAGGAAAAACUGGGUGCCCUGACUGCUGCUGACAGAGACCCCUGGGCCCGGGCCCGCCAAACCUACUUCCGGUCUGGGGUGAAUGAGCAAUCGCUGAGCAUAGUGGAGAAAGCUGCCUUCUUCGUCACCCUGGACACCAGCGAGCAGGGGCUGCAGGGACCCAAUCCAAGUCAGGCACUGGAUGCCUACUCAAAGUCCCUUUUGCACGGGCGCUGCUGCGACAGGUGGUUUGACAAAUCCUUCACGCUGAUUGUUUACCGCAAUGGGAAGUCUGGCAUCAAUGCAGAGCAUUCGUGGGCUGACGCCCCCAUUGUGGCACAUCUCUGGGAGUACACCAUUGCCACAGAUGCAUUUACGCUGGGGUACGAUGCUAACGGGAACUGCAAAGGGGACAUGGAUUCCAGCAUCCCCCCGCCCCAGAAAUUACAAUGGGAUAUCCCACCAGAGUGCCAACAGGUAAUCCUGCAGUCCUUGUCCGUGGCCUUGGCCUUGGCUAAUGACAUAGACUUCAACGCCUUCCCCUUCAAGGAAUUUGGAAAAGGCCUCAUCAAGAAGUGCCGCACCAGCCCAGACAGCUUCAUCCAGCUCUGCCUUCAGCUCGCACAUUUUCGGGACAAGCAAAAGUUCUGCCUCACCUACGAGGCAUCCAUGACCCGUCUCUUCCGGGAGGGCCGCACAGAAACAGUCCGCUCCUGCACCAUUGAGUCAUGCAACUUUGUCAAGGCCAUGAUGGAUCCUACCCAGAACGAUGGCACAAGGUUACGUCUGUUGCGUGUGGCAGCUGAGAAGCACCAGAACCUUUACCGGCACGCCAUGACAGGUGCUGGCAUUGAUAGGCAUCUCUUCUGUCUGUAUGUCGUCUCCAAAUAUCUCGGCCUAGACUCCCCCUUUCUGCGCGAGGUGCUGUCUGAGCCGUGGCGACUCUCCACCAGCCAGACUCCCAUUCAGCAGAUGGAGCUCUUUGACCUCCAGAACCAUCCAGACUAUGUUUCUUUUGGGGGAGGAUUUGGACCGGUCGACGACGACGGUUAUGGUGUGUCAUACGUCAUCGUGGGCGAAGAUCUCAUAAACUUCCACGUGUCAUGCAAAUUCUCCAGCAAGGAGACGGACGCACACCGGUUUGGACUUAACAUCCGGAAGGCCAUGGUGGACGUCUUGGCCCUUUUCCAACUGGACAAAAACUCCCCCGCCAGUCGUGGCCAGUGACUGAAUAAAUGCCAGCGGGAUUUACACAGCCAGCUCCCCAGACACA